UAAGUUUUAUACAAGUAACAUUUAAUACCCAUUCCCAUAGCCCAACACAAUGUCAGACUUAAAGGAUUUAAUACGUAAGCGUGGCGCGAUUAAGGGGAGGUUAACCAAUUUCAUUAACUAUGUAGAAAAAUUAGAUUCGUUAUCGCCAUUACAAAUCAUUGAACUUCAAGCGCGUUUAAGCAAAAUGGACGCACUUUAUACACAAUUUGAGGAAAUUCAAUCUGAAAUUGAUAUUUUAGUUGAUGAAAAUGAAUUGGCCGUACACUCCGCCGCCCGCACAGAGUUUGAAGACUUGUUUUACGCGAACAUUGCCCUUGCGCAGGAGAUCUUAAACGCCAAUAAACCUGUUAAAAAUGAUGAUAAUUCUUCCAGUGCCUCGUACGUUUCAGGUGACGCUGGGGAGCAGGCACACACGAAUCAUAAGGUGGUACACACAAGCACUCGAGGUAUUAAAUUACCGACAAUCCAGAUUCCGAAAUUCAGCGGUCAGUACGAGGAGUGGUUGGAGUUUCACGAUUUAUUCGUCUCUUUGAUACAUGAACAUAAGGCGAUCUCGGAUAUACAGAAGUUUCAUUACUUAAGGGCAUCCCUGGAGGGGGCCGCUGCGCAGUUUCUAGGACAAUCUGUCAACGAGAGAGCAGAAUCGGUGAGGAGGCUCAAGUUAUGUGAGAACUGCCUCCGCCCCGGUCAUCAGGCUCGCGUUUGCAGAUUGGGCCCAUGCAUGAAAUGUUCACAAAAACAUAAUUCAGUGCUUCAUUCAGAUACAGCGUCAGGAUCAUCUGAGCCAUCAGUUGUGGGUGCGACGUCACAUGUAUUCGUGCCAUCAGGGCGAGGCGUACUCUCAACUGCCGUGAUCCACAUGUACGACAAGGACAACCACCGCCAUGAAGUAAGAGCCUUUAUUGAUAAUGGUAGCAUGUCUUGCUUCAUGACGGAUUCCUUGUUACGUAAAUUACAACUUAAAUACACAGAAUAUCAAACAUCCGUUACUGGAUUAAAUAAACAGGUCUUGACACAUGUCUCAAGAAAGUGCAAUGCAACAAUCGAAUCGAGAACUAGCCAAUUUAAAGCCAACAUGACAUUCUACGUUGUACCGGAGGUUGUAGCUCUAGAAUCGAAUGUACCUAAACUAAAUAUACCUAAACAUGUAAUAAUGGCAGACCCAGAAUACUUCAACCCGACGAACAUAGACAUUCUACUGGGUUCAGAAAUAUUCUGGGAGCUACUUGAACACGACCAAAUUAGUUUGGGUACAGGUUAUCCAAUAUUACACAAAACAAAACUCGGUUACGUAGUUGGCGGGCCUACCAUAGGGCUUAAUCAUAAACAAACAAAUUCAGUCAAACCAAUACAAUGUAAUCUGAUCGUGGACAAUACAGUACAGGAACAGCUAGCUAAAUUCUGGUCUCUUGAGGAGGUUCCGGAUAAUUCUAAGCAGGUCUAUUCUGUAGAAGAACGUUUAUGUGAACAGAAUUUCGUGGAAAACUUUACUCGAAUGCCAGAUGGGCGAUUUUCCGUCGCAGUUCCUCUCAAGAAACCAGAAUCAUGCUUAGGUGACUCAUUCAAUCGAGCUAAACAGUGCUUUCUAUCACUUGAGCGUAGGCUAGACAAGCAACCACUGUUAAAACAAAUGUAUACCGACUUCAUGUCUGAAUAUAUUGACCUAGGACACAUGUCUGAGACCAGAUCGGACACGCAAACCAACAAGAAGCCCUAUUUUUUGCCACAUCAUGGAAUUUUGCGCGAACAAAGCUCCACUACAAAGCUUCGUGCUGUAUUUAAUGGCAGUGCUGCCACGAGUUCAGGGGUCUCAUACAAUGACCUCCAAAUGGUCGGGCCCACUAUACAGAGUGAUUUAUUAUCAAUACUUUUACGAUUCAGGCAUUAUCCAUACGUUUUGACCGGAGACAUUGAGAAAAUGUACCGGCAAGUUUUAGUUCAUGAAAAUCAAAGACAUUUACAGCAAAUUAUCUGGCGGGAUGAUCCUACUAAAGAAUUAAAAUUAUACAAAUUGAAUACAGUCACAUAUGGUACAGCAUCCGCGCCAUUUUUAGCCGUCAGGUGUUUGAAACAACUUGCUUUGGAAUGUCCAGAUUCACAAUUAGCCCAAAUCAUUAGUGACGACUUUUAUGUCGACGAUUUGGUCACAGGUGCUCAAACAAAAGAGCAAUUAAUAAAAAUAAAAGAAGGCGUGUGCAAAGUUUUAUCCGCAGGUUGUUUCAAUCUCCGUAAAAUCAGAUCCAAUAUAGAACUCUCUCAGUCAGAUUCAUGUCAAACAUUGAACCUCGGCGACCAAGGUUCGUCAAACACCUUGGGCCUGGGUUGGUCACCACCUGAUGAUAAUUUAUAUUAUUCAAUAAAGCAAACUGUUGAGCAAAAUCCAACCAAACGGUCAAUUCUGUCCGCCAUAGGACAGAUAUAUGAUCCGCUUGGCUUAUUAAGCGUAUGCGUCAUUCAAGCUAAAAUCAUGCUACAGAAACUUUGGUUAUUAAAAUGUAAUUGGGACGAUCCUUUACCCUCAAAUAUUGUAAAUUUAUGGCACAAGUUCCAAUCUGAAUUACGUCAUGUACUUGAUUUAAAAAUUCCGCGCUGUGUCAUCAAUGAUGAUCCAAAUAGUGUGAUUGAAAUUCACACUUUUUGUGAUUCGUCUCAGGACGCAUACGGCUCAUGCUUGUACGUUAGAUCGGAAUGUAACGGACAAGUGGAGAUCAACUUGCUAUGUGCGAAAAGUAAAGUCGCACCGUUAAAACCAACGACGAUUCCGCGUCUAGAAUUGUGCGGUGCCCUUGUCGCUGCACGUCUGACUGAGAGAGUACUCAAAUCCAUCCGCAUACCAAUAAAAAGAUGUAUUCUUUGGACUGAUUCAUCUAUCGUUUUAGGUUGGCUCCAAACUCAGCCUAACAAGUUAAAACAAUUCGUUAAAAAUCGUGUUGCUGAAGUUCAAGAACUUACUGCUAAUCACGAAUGGCGCCAUGUGCCAACAGCUACAAAUCCAGCAGACAUGUUAUCUCGCGGAGUAAACAUGUCAGAAUUACAAGAUUUGUCCAUGUGGUGGAAUGGCCCAGAUUUUCUAAAGGAAGAUGAAUCUAAUUGGCCCACAAGUAACUUCGUAAAAAACAAUAUUGAAAUGCCAGAAAUGGUAACUGCUACAGCAAUCUCUUUAGACACAAAUCACGGUUUAAUUGAUUACAAAAGAUUUUCUAAAUUACUUAAAUUGAAAAGGGCACUAGCAUAUGCAAUGCGUUUUAUUCAUAAUUGCAGAAACAAUAAUAUAAAGAAAUCUGGACCACUCACCACAGAUGAACUAAAAGAUUCGUUCACUUUACUCUUGAAAUGGUCUCAAAAGCAAUCAUUUCAAGAAUAUGAUCAGUUAGUGAAAAGGCAAUCAUUGCCUAAUAAAAAUAAACUUCUUUCGUUAUCUCCAUUUAUCGAUGACUUAGAACUAAUCAGAGUAGGCGGCAGAUUAAACAAUUCACAGUUUCCAUUCGAUAAAAAGCAUCCAGUAUUGCUUUCAUCUAAACACACAUUAACACAACUCAUAUUUAACGAAGAGCACAUUCGUUUAAUGCAUGCUGGACCCCAAUUAUUAUUAGCCUCAAUAAAAGAAGAGUUUUGGCCUAUUGGUGGUCGCAAUUUAGCCAGAUCUGUCGCACACAAAUGCCUGAGGUGUUUCAAGCUACGGGCUCAAACAGUCAGCCCUAUAAUGGGUCAUUUGCCUGAGCAGCGUCUCAAUCCAGGUUAUGUUUUUCAAACCACGGGUGUAGAUUACGCGGGACCUCUUCUCGCCGCUGACCGUAAGGGACGUGGAUGUAAACUAAUCAAGGUCUAUGUUGUAGUGUUUGUGUGUUUCACCACUAAGUGUCUGCACCUCGAGCUGGUCACAAGUUUAACAAAGGAGGCAUACAUAGCUGCCUUACACAGGUUUAUUGCGCGUCGCGGAAAACCUGCAACUAUCUUUUCAGACAAUGGCACUCAGUUCGUUGGGGCCAAAAAUGAGCUUAAUGCUUUCCUAAAACAAAACUCUUCCUCCAUUUCCGAGUUUAUGGCGAAUGAAUUUGUUGAUUUUAAAUUCAUUCCAGCCUACGCACCUCAUUUUGGGGGGCUAUGGGAGGCUGGGGUUAAGUCUUUUAAAUAUCAUCUAACCAGAGUGAUAGGCGACUCCCACCUCACAUUUGAGGAACUUUACACGAUUCUAGUCAAAAUUGAAGCUACGCUUAACUCGCGACCUCUAUCACCAAUAUCUUCAGAUCCAUCAGAUCUAAAUCCGUUAACGCCAGGUCACUUUUUGGUCGGACGUCCUCUUACCACUCUGCCAGUUCCUCCACUAGAGAACAUAAAUCCGACCAGAUUACAGCGAUGGGAUCGCAUUGAACAAAUCCACCAGCACUUUUGGACAAGAUGGCAAAAGGAAUAUGUCUCUGAGUUGCAGCAAAAGACAAAAUGGAGGUCAUGCAAAGGACACCUCGACACAGGAACGAUGGUCAUCGUCAAGGAAGACGCUGUGCCGCCUUUAAAAUGGAGCCUUGGACGUAUCGUGCGUGUCCAUCCAGGCAUCGACGGAGUAAACAGAGUCGCCGAUAUCCAAACACAUCGAGGCGUCAUCAGAAGAGCCUUCAAUCGAAUCUGUCCUCUUCGUCUGGACGACGAUCCUGUUGAAAGCAGGACUUUCAACGCCGGGGGGCAUGUUAAGGAACCCUAAUCUCACGGAGAUCCGAGGGGACUGCACCGCGCGGGGAGGGCAGCCGCAUCUAAUUUGCAUAUCACUCUUCGCCGUUCGCUGUUGACGAGCGCACAUAUACUUACGCCCUUUUUUAGAACUCAAAAUCAGUGUCAAAAUGGUGUAAUUAAUAAGCCUAGAUACUAAAAUUUGCAUGUAUUGAAGAUUUUUGCAUUAAAAACAAUUUAAAAGUUCAUCUGUAUACGUUAUUCAAUCAUCCAGUCAUCUAUCAAGCAUCCUGCAUUCAAAAUCCAAAAA